AUGACCAAUAUUGAUCCUAAACACCCUAUGGUUGUUAAGGUUAGAUGGGAGAAGCCUCCUCAUCCUUUCAUUAAAAUUAACACUGAUGGAAGUUUCACAAAUAAGAAAGCUGGUAUUGGAGGUAUUUUCAGAGAUCACACAGGCAAAGUUUUGCUUUAUUUCAAGGACCCCUACAUUGCUGAAGAUGCUAUGGAAACAGAAGCUGUUUCUCUUUACUGGGCCUUAAAAUUUGCUAAGGAAGUCAAGUGGAAUUGUAUUAUUGCUGAAGUGGACUCUUCACACCUUGUGGAGCUAGUCACUGCCACCCCCCAGGCACAUAAAUCAGUGGAUUUACAGAAUAAAGAGUGGAUUUAUAGAAUAAAGAAGCUUAUCAUUGAGAUCAAGUUGAAAAUCACUUUUAACUACAGGGAAGCCAACAGGCCUGCCAACUUUUUGGCUUUGGAGGGUUCUUACUUGAGCCAUGCAGUGGUCUCCACUACCCAUCCUAUCCCUCUACAACUGUUAACACAAGGGGACAACCUUCGAAUUCCUUAUCUUAGAAUCCAUAACUGA